GGCGCCAAUAAGGAUUAUAAAGAAGGAAGGGUAUGGCGCGAACUUUAACGAUGCUUCUCGAGCAAAACUCAGCUGUGGCGCCUCGGCAAUGUGGGUUUCGCACACUUGACAUUUUUGCUACGACAAAUCGCUACGAACCGAACAGGAUUUUAACCGGAAAAGAUUAAAGUCGACCAGGUGUAAAAUGGAAAAUUUCAAUGAGGAAGCUUUUGAUGUGUGUAUAGUUACAGUCACUUAACAUUAUAAUUCCAAUGGCUACUAGUAUAGCCGCUGGAAGUGGCAAACUGAAUUUUAAAGAGAGGGUCUGCUGGGGACAAGGUUGCAGACAAACUUCUUGGGUCUCUGGUGUGGCCUUUCAGAGAUUUGAACUGAAGGAGCUUUCAUGGUCAAGUAGGGUGUACAAGCUCUUGCAAGUCCAGAGAUGCAACCCAUCCUCUUCUCCAAUUAUUGCAAAUUCAAAGUCCCUUAGAACAGUCACUGCAUCUUACCUGAGAGAUGGUUCCACAAAGUAUUUUGAUUUUUCUGUGAUUGGUAGCGGAGUUGCUGGCCUUCGCUAUGCUCUUGAAGUUGCAAAACAUGGAACUGUUGCAGUGAUUACCAAGGCUGAGCCUCAUGAAAGCAACACAAACUAUGCCCAGGGUGGUGUAAGUGCUGUAUUGUGCCCUUCAGAUUCAGUGGAGAAUCACAUGCAGGAUACAAUUGUAGCUGGGGCUUAUCUAUGCGAUGAGGAGACUGUUAGAGUCGUGUGUACUGAAGGACCUGAUAGAAUUCGAGAAUUGAUUGCUAUGCGUGCAUCAUUCGAUCACGGGGAGGAUGGAAACUUGCAUCUUGCAAGGGAAGGGGGUCACUCACAUCACAGAAUAGUUCACGCUGCCGAUAUGACAGGGAGGGAAAUUGAGAGGGCACUUUUGGAAGCAGUUGUCGAUGAUCCUAAUAUAUUUAUGUUUCAACACCAUUUUGCAAUAGAUUUGCUGACUUCUGAGGUUUGCUUUGAUGGUUCUGACACAUUUUGUCAUGGUGUUGACACUUUGAAUUCUGAAACACAGGAGAUCGUACGGUUUAUUUCAAAGGUGAUUUUGCUUGCAUCAGGUGGGGCUGGACAUAUCUAUCCAACAACUACAAAUCCUCCGGUAGCCACUGGUGAUGGAAUGGCAAUGGCCCAUCGAGCCCAAGCUGUGAUUUCCAACAUGGAAUUUGUUCAGUUCCACCCAACUGCCUUGGCCGAUGAAGGCCUUCCCAUCACACCAACCAAGACCCGGGAAAAUGCUUUUUUGAUCACUGAAGCUGUCAGAGGUGAUGGAGGAUUACUCUACAAUCUAGGCAUGGAAAGAUUCAUGCUGCUCUACGAUGAGAGGGCAGAGCUUGCUCCUAGGGAUGUGGUAGCUAGAAGUAUUGAUGAUCAACUCAAGAAACGCAACGAGAAAUAUGUGCUACUUGAUAUAAGCCACAAACCUAGAGAAAAAGUUCUCUCUCACUUCCCCAACAUAGCUUCUGAGUGCCUAAAAUAUGGCCUAGAUAUAAGCCGUCAACCAAUUCCAGUGGUUCCUGCUGCUCAUUACAUGUGUGGAGGAGUUCGUGCAGGGCUACAAGGUGAGACAAAUGUUCACGGUUUAUACGUGGCUGGUGAGGUUGCUUGCACAGGUUUGCAUGGAGCUAACCGACUUGCUAGCAACUCAUUGCUUGAGGCACUAGUUUUUGCUCGAAGAUCUGUGCAGCCUUCAAUAGAUCACAUGAAGAGCUCUAAAAUUGACCAUAGUAGUGCUUCAGAUUGGUGGGGUCGACCAGUUGUGCCCAUGUCACUUGGAAGAGAUAUAUUGGGUGAAAUUGUGAGGAGAACGAGGCAGGUGAGGAAGGAAUUGCAAUCAAUUAUGUGGGAAUACGUUGGCAUUGUUCGAUCAACGACAAGGCUAAAAACUGCAGAGCAGAAGAUUGGGGAGUUGGAGUUGAGUUGGGAGGCGUACAUGUUUCAGCGAGGUUGGGAACCGACUAUGGUAGGAAUUGAAGCUUGUGAAAUGAGAAAUCUGUUUUGUUGUGCAAAGCUUGUGGUUAGUAGUGCCCUAGCUAGGCAUGAAAGUCGUGGGCUUCAUUACACGAUUGAUUUCCCCAAUGUUGAGGAAAGCAUGAGGUUGCCGACUAUCAUCUUCCCUUGUUCGCCUUUGAAUAGCACAUGGAGUUCACGGCAACUUCACAAACAACACACAUUAUUAUAGUCUUUGCCAGUGUGUAUACACAGGAUUUAACUCAGCAUGUAAUUUGAUUUUUCAAUUUUACUUCCCCCCCUCCCGAUGAUUCU